CCUACUUGAACCCUUCCCGCCUUUUUUCAUAACAUCCACUCUCCAGAACUUGCACUCAUAGACUAUACACAGUAGUUGAUUCACCCGUAAUCCCCUACUAUGACCCGUUUCCGGCCCUGCAUCGACCUCCACGCCGGCCAGGUCAAACAGAUUGUCGGCGGGACUCUGAGCACCCAAGAAUCCGAGCUGAAGACCAACUACAUCUCGCAGCAUCCGGCGGGGUUCUUUGCCAGUCUCUACCGCGACGCCGACCUCUCGGGCGCCCACGUCAUUAUGCUGGGACCGGGCAACGAUCAGGCGGCGAAGGAGGCACUGUCCGGCUGGCCGGGACGUCUCCAGGUGGGUGGUGGCAUCACCGACGCCAAUGCAAAGGAAUGGAUCGAAGCUGGCGCCGAGAAGGUCAUUAUCACUUCGUUCCUAUUUCCCAGCGGCCGUUUCUCGCUGGAGCGGUUGAAGUCCGUGCUCGCGACGUUGGCGGAUGACAGAGACAAACUCGUCAUCGAUCUCAGCUGCAGGAGGAGGGGCGACACGUGGUUCGUCGCCAUGAACAAGUGGCAGACCAUCACCGAGAUGGAGAUCACCAGAGAAAGCAUCAAGAUGCUCGAACCCUAUUGUUCAGAAUUCCUCAUCCAUGCAGCCGACAAUGAAGGCCUCCAGCAAGGCAUCGACACGGAGCUCGUCACGAAGUUGUCCGAGUGGUGCACGAUCCCAGUGACCUAUGCCGGCGGUGCCCGUACGGUGGCAGAUCUUGACCUCGUGAAGCGGUGUAGUCAAGGAAAGGUUGACUUGACCAUCGGUAGUGCCUUGGAUAUCUUUGGCGGGAGAGGAGCGAGGUUCGAAGAUUGCGUUAGAUGGAAUGCAGAGCAUGCAUAGCGUUUGUCAAGGGUCCGGAGCUUCUUCCAUCACCACAUCGAUGCCGUUGCAGUUGUUGUUUGGUGGCGUGUUCAAAGUUCCCUGAACCGCGUCUCCUCCACCAGCGCCCUGCUCAUCGGCGACAGGGUCAUCAGCAUCAGCCAUUUCGCCAUCCACAUCCAUGUUCUCCACCACCGCCUCGUUCCUCCGGUACCCCAGCCUGAUCACCCACGUCCGGCCGUCUACCUCUCUUUCUACCUCAUAUCCAACUUCAGGCUGGUCGACGAAUUCGCCCCUCUGAUUAAUCCGCUGUCUUGCUGCCCACUUGCACCAACCGGCGGCAUUUUUCUUUCCUCUGAUUCUCCACUUCCGGUCCUGAUGCAUCUGCUCGCUCGCUCGCCUGAUGUCUUCCAGCAAGACGUCCCAGUCCAACAUCGGCGCAGAGGAUCGAUCGGCUCCUCUGAGCGGUAACGGUGCUCGUGACGUCGAUUGGGGUAUCUGCGCUGGUGCAGAGUUUGAGACAGCAUCAUCUUCUUCCCAGGUCGGCCCUGAUGAGAGCAUCAUACAAUAGGUGGGGACCUGCAGAACCUCAUUCUUCUCCCUCCACAACAUCAUGCUCGCACACAGAACCUUGAAGUCUAGCUAGAGGGCCUCACGGACGGGGUUAGCAUGUGAAGCCUCCACGCUGAUGGGUGGACUGCCAGAAUAUAACUGUGGCGAAGGCUUUUGUGGACAGAUAGAAGGGGGGGAAAUGGCACUCACGUUCGCCGCCGCGGUGCCUAUGCGAGCGAUCCACCAGUCGACGUGAAACGCCAUGGUCUGCGGGAGUUUGGCGCGCUUCACGACCUGACGAGGCUGAGGUGCGUUGUUCGCGGUAUCUUCAUCCGAGUGAGCAUCCCAGUCAAUCGACUCUUCCGAGUCAUCAUCUGCAUUUCUCUCCUCAAUCUCUUGCUCCUUGUCACCGGGGACCGUUUUCCCCGUGCCAACAUUGUGACUAUUACCUGUCUUGGCAGUGGACUCCUGACCCGAAGUGAGGCUUCGAGGCAGCGGGACGGUCGACGGGUCUAAUGGGAAGGGGGAGCUCUGUGCAGUACCUGCUCGUCCCGAAUUGUGUAUGGAAGGAGAGGAAGAGCACGCUUCGAGUAUGGUCUCAUUUGAGGAUGAGGAAGAGCCGCGAGUUCGCUUCAUGGUUGCUCUGGUUCUCGUUUCGAGUCACGAUAAAUGUGUUGGGUGGAGAAAUUGUAGUGCGCAGUAUUGUCACAGCCCGUCCCGCUUGUGUGUUAAAAGAAGACACAAACGCGCGUUGAAAUGAUUGCAUCGUACCGGCAGUAAACGGAAAUGCCAUGGC